AUGGGCUUUUUGCCAGAAUCAUUCAUGCCUACCCACAUGCAAUGGUCCUUGGAUGUUUUCAUCAAUAUUCUCUCUUCCGCUCUUGGAUAUGCUUUGGAGUUUUCUUGGACCCCUUCCUCUCCCACUCCUCUUUCUUCUUUACCUGUUAAGUUUCAAAGCAAGCCAGGAUGGGAUGGACAACGGCGGCUUAGGUCAAAUUAA